CUCGUCCUCGCCUAGUUACGAGAAAGCGUCGCUCCGUGGUCGUUACGGAGGGAGGGAUGGGUUUGUUUUAGUUAAAAAAAACAAAAACACUUAAUGUGCACUUUCCCACGCGGUUACGACAGCGGUCUAUCAUGGCAGUGUGUGGGAAACGGUUCGCUGUUGUUACAGUAACAACUUUUGUAAGCUUUGACCCGUGUACGUUCAUGUUUUACUGCUACUAAUGCAUUGAUCUUUCUUAGCAUGACCGAUAAAGAUUAGUUAGCAUGCUAGCGAGCUAGCUCCCCAGUCUCUGCAUCACCCAGUGAAGACACCUGCCAGUGACAGAUUAGUACGUGACUUCAAGCAAGGCUCCCCGCUCACUGAAAACAAAUGUGGCUGCCGGUUCCUAGGCAGACAUGGGCAAACUACAGAGCAAAUUCCGCAAGAGGUCUGAGCUCUACAGGGCAUCUCAAGGGGAGAAGACAGAAAAUACUUUUGACUGUCAGGUGGUGCAGUAUGAGCCUGCCCAUCAUGGCUCCAUCAACACAGUGACCACUCUCAGUCCAGACCUGUGUGUCUCUGGUGGGAGUGACCAGGUUGUGGUGGUGUAUGACUGGAAACAAGGCCGGAUGUGUCAGUCUUUCCAGGGCCACAACCGAGAGGUUACCAAGGUGAUUUGUUAUCCGGGUAGUACAUGGAUCUUUAGUGCCUCACGGGACAAGACUGUUCUGAUGUGGGACCUCAACCAGGGAGACGAACCUAUUCAAGAAUUCUGUGGGCAUGAGUUGGUGGUCAACGGACUAGCUAUCAGUCCUGAUGGCAGAAAGCUGUGCACUGGCUCUCGUGACAACUGGAUGUGCUUGUGGGAUAUAGAGUCUGCAAAAUGUGAACAGAGACACAACAUAUCUAGAAACCUGGUGACUCAUGUAUGCUGGGUUCCUGCCAGCUCCUCUAUUGUCCAGACCUCUGAAGAUAAGACUAUAAGGGUGUGGGACAGCCGCGUAUGGCAGGUGACCAAUACAUUUCCAGCUAAGCAAUACAUCCAGACCCACUGUGACGUCUCUCCAAAUGGAAACUACUUGGUGUCCAGCAGCAAUGGCUUUGGAGGCCAGGGCUGUGAAGCCACGCUCUGGGACCUGCGUCAGCCUGGCUGUAAAGUUGUGGAGUACAGAGGCCAUCUCCAAACCACAGCCUGUUGUGUGUUUCUGGCCACGCAUCCUGGUGGCACAGCUCAAGUAGCAACAUCCUCCCAUGACAGCUCUGUCAAAAUCUGGGAUCAGAAUACAGCAGUUUGUUUAGGGACGCUGUCUCUGGAUGGUGCCGGUCCACUGGUUUCACUGGCUCCCAGUGAUUCCACCAAUCUGCUGUGUGCCAGCUUCAACUCUGGCCUCCAUCAUAUCCAAGUGGACCAAGGAUCACAACAUGCUCAGGGUUCGGGUGCAGGUUCAGGUGGUGGAGGUGGGCUGGACAUUAAAGUUGUGGCACGUUUCUGACAGCCCAGGAGAGUCUGACGUGACUCGUAAUGUGAACAACCAGAGACUCAGCAGGAGAGUAUCACUGGAUAUGGACAUCAAGUCAUUUUAUUUUAUUUUUUUACAGACUUCAUUUCUAUAAACAUUUUGGAGUUAUUAGAUUGCCAUACAGUGAAGAAUGGCAGAAGAGACUGAGUAAAGGAGGUGACAUAGCUACUCUUCAGGGGGACUACAAACAGGAAAUGGUCAUACCUGCAGUCAUCACCAGAGAUACCUGAUGGAGGGCGGGAUUUACCUGUUAGGUGUCAUAUCAUUAUAAACUACCACUUUAUUUAGAAAUAUGUACCACAUGAAUAAAUGGCCACUCUAAAAGACAGUCACAAAAUUAGAUGAUUGUCGUUUCCAUUGAUUGGUUCAGGUUCUUGCACAGUUAACUAAAUUGCUAAAAACUACUAGUCACCCUCUCGUUGCGCUAUCGAUGAUCUGAGCUCCUUGUGCAUUGACUCACUUUGUCUGGUUGGUGUUGCAGCUGGGCUUGGAGUGUUGCCUAUUUGGACCAAACUACAAUUGACCAAAUUUUACAAACUGCUAUAGUUAGGUGUGACUUAUUAGAAACUUCAAGCAGAUGUUUUGCUUUUAUUGGUGAGCUGAAUGCAGUUUGGUCACAGCUUUGUGCCAGUGACACUUCUGGCACUAGGUGGCGCAAAUUAAUCUUAAGCACUGAAAGCCUACGAUGGUUUUAAACAAGUUGCUCAUUUUUGACAAACUGAAAAGCCCAGAUUUCCAAGCACCCGACUGAGUGGAUAUCUGGUAAUUUUCUUUUUAGAUUAUUUAAACAGUGCAAGAACUUAAAGCAGUCAAUUCAAAUAUAAACUAAGGCAAGGCCAAAAGAGGAGUGGUGAUGAGUCAUUGAAGCCAAGAGUAAGCAAUAGUUUUUUCCCCUGAUGUUUUUAGAGCGCAAAAUCAGACUUACACUUUUAUUUGUCAGAGAAGUUGUGAAGUCAGCAAAACAGAGUAAUGUUUGUAUGCUGAUAAUAUUGAUUAGUUUGUACUUUAGCUUUAAUCUGUCAUGUGUAAGACCGGGUCAGUACAACACCAAACUCUAUAAACACACUUUGUUUCAUGUAAAUAGAGAUUCUGAUAUUUUUAUCAAUCAAAAGCAGUUGAUAGUUGAUAUGUUGUGGUAUAUUUAAUUUUUAAAACUACUAUGCAAAAUACCAGAGUAAUUCCCCUUUUUAUUGGUAAAACUGUGUUUGAAUAAACACAUGAAAUACAAAAUAUUUCAAAAAGAUGCCGUGCAGGCUGUCAACAUAAAACCUUCUAGCAGUUACUUAAAAUCUUAUUUAAUCAAGAGUAAUCAAGAAUUUAAGUGUUGCAGAUGUUACUUUGUCAUAAUUAGCAAGUCAGACACGCUGCAAUUUAGCAACACUUUCCAUAACUAAAUAAACUUGUCGAGAUAUUCGGGAAACUCUUGUACUUAAAGUGUAAGUUUAAAAAGUUUAAACACAAGAGCGUUCACCUUUUUGUUUACAGAUAUCAGGUGAUCAUCUCUCGCAAAGACAGUUGCUCCUAAAGCAUCCAGUUAAAUCAAACAAAAAAAAAGUGGAUUGUUUUGUCAAAAGGUACUAAGGAGUCCCCACAACAGUUAUUUAUUUCUACAUUUAGUGAAGAAAACAAGCUGUAGAAAACCAAAGGUAAGAUUUAGUUUUGUUUGGAGAUUUGUCAAAACUCCAGAUGAUUCAGUUCAGUCAAUCUGUGUGUUUGAUAUCAUAUGAUAAAGCAAUAAACAAGACAUUUCAUGUCAUAGUGGUAAAUCUUU